CGCCCCUGCCGUUGCAUUGAAAUACAACUGAUAAGACAAAAUAUACCUGUAUACCUCUCUUUCCGGCUGAUUUGGAGGUUUGGCUUAAUUGUGGACGAUUUUAGGAACUACAUGUAGAGUUGGACGACUUUUGGUUGAUUAUCGAAUCCGAUAUGACGUUUUGACUGUUUGUGUUAUUGCAGUCCUUCACAUAGGAUCAACCAUUGCUCAAAAUGGGAGCGAAAAUCGGAGCACUACUCUUUUCUAUUUUGUCUAUCAUCGAAUAUUGUUCAGCAAAUUGUACCACAUUAUUGCAACAUAAUCGCAGAAUUACUAUAAACGACACAACAGGAAGCGGAAGCGUUGUUCACGAUUACCAAAGUUAUCUUGAACCCAAUGAGACGUUAUCGAUAUCGUCAUCGUCUACAGACAAGAAAUGUCUGAGCAUGUUGGAAUUCAACAGGACUGAGCUCAUUCUUAUAGGAGAUAUUCUUCCUCCAGUUUGUGGUCCAGAAAAUUUGAAUUGCAAAUUUGGAUGCUCUUCUGUCCAAUAUACACAAUCCCUGGUGGUUAUCGUAGGAAGGAUAUCGAGGCAUAAGCUGAGAUUUAAGGAAUCUAUGUAUUCUUCUAAUGUUUCCGAGGCAGUUAAUAUUGGAACUGUUGUACAUCAGUUUUCCUAUAAAGAUGCUAUCCGAGAGGACUGCAUGGACACAAAAAAUACCUUUUAUUCCAUGGGAGCAAAGAAUCACUUUGGCAUGGAACAUAAAAUGGAAGAUAAUGCAAUUAUAUACAAAGUCGUUGUAAAACAGAAGCUGGAUUAUGAUGGAGAUUAUAAACAAUUUCACCUGAACAUUUCUAUGGCAGACAACAGGGAAGAUAUUUCCAAUUCAACAGUCCUAGUUGUUAAUGUGACAGAUGUAGAUGAUAUGGAUCCUGUGUUUGACCACGAUCUUUAUACAUUACAUAUUCCAGAAGGGAAUACUUCAAUUCAAAAUAUAUUCUUCAACACAACUCCUCCAAUUCGAGCAACAGAUAGGGAUACAGGAGAAGGAAAACAACUACUCUAUUACAGAUUCGGAAACGAUUCAAAUGUCUACGGUUGUUUCAUAAUUAAUAAUAUAACUGGAGAAAUAGCGACAACGUGUCCACUUGACAGGGAGGACGAAUCUAGAUACACAAUGAUAAUCAAGGCAGUACAGAGAAAUACAGAAUUAAGGAGCUGUACAUCUACUCUGAAAAUAAUUGUCGAUGAUAUUAACGACAAUGUUCCCGAGUUUGAACAACUGCAGUUCAACUUUACAGUAGCAGAACAUUCCAGGAAAGGAACGUCUAUAGCACAGGUCAAAGCCGUUGACAAAGAUGAGGGCAAGAAUGCAAUAGUUGUGUACAAGAUUUUACCACCAUUUCACGACACUUUCUCGGUUGACGGUGAAGGCAUCAUCAAAGUACAAAACCCCUCUAUGAUGGACCGUGAAAGUGGGGAUGGAACAAUAACGAUAAAGGUAUCUGCAUAUGAUAAAGAAAGUGGGAAACCUUCUACUUCAACAGCUACCGUGUUUCUAACAUUAUUGGACAUAAAUGACAUGGCCCCUGAAUUUCAACCGCCUAAAUAUGCUUUUCCGUUGUCGAUAGGUCUUACAGUGGGUGACAUCAUUGGACAAGUAAUGGCUAAAGAUGGAGAUGAAAAGAACACUCCUAACUCAGCAAUAACAUACAAACUGGAGCAAUCUUUAUCAUCGAGCAUGUUCUCGAUUAAUAAUUCCACUGGAGUGAUUACUGUUAAGAAGAUACCUCCUCUGGCAAUGAGCAUCAUUGAGUUAGCGGCUCUAGCUGCAGACCACGGAGAACCACCACUUCAGUCUUAUGCACAGAUACUAUUGUCAAGAACACAUGUAACAGGGCUUUCCGUUAAAUUUACUGUUCCUGAGAGUGAGGCAGAGGUGCAGAAACGCAAGAUAGACAUUCAAGAAGAUAUUAGUAAAAUAUUAGAUGUGGACGUAUCGUUGGACAAAAUAGAAAAAGUGAACGGAAGCAAACAAUCGUGUUAUUUGAGCAUAACAGCAAAAUUUCAAAAUGACACGGAUGUUAGUGGAAAUGUGCUGCAAGGAUUAGUUCUACAACAUAUGGGUGAAAUUUUGUCACUGUUUUCGCAUGGAGAAACAGCUGCUAAGCAAGUGAGCUCAGAAGAUAAAUUUCCGCCAGCAGUAAUCGCCCUUAUUGCUAUAUGUGGAGUUAUGUUUAUUGGUACGAUAAUACUCAUAGGGGUCAUCUACCAAACAACGAGAAGGUUUGAUAGAUAUAAACAACUUAACGACCACCUUACGAGAAAAAGUUCCUUGUAUGAAUCACAAGAGAUGAAGAUUCAAAUGGACGACGAACAAACCUCGGAUUACAACGGAUCAAUAAAUGGAUCCCAUGACUUGACAAGUUUACAUAAUGCAAAAACAGGCGAACUUAAAGAGGGAGUUGUAUCAGCAUUUACAAAUCCAGCUUAUAACGAUGCCGAAGAAACCACAGUAAAACUGGAUCCUGCAGAAGAAGAGGCUCAGCAGACGUUGAAUGAUUUAGCAAAUCACCUUGAUGCAGAAGAUACCAACAUCAUGCCUGUGGACAGUUAUAAUCCGUCGGAGAGUGAUGUUGAGGUGGAAAUUAAACCAGAUUACGAUGCACCAAAUGAUUAUAUUAAUGCUCCUUUGAAAUUUGACGACAAUAGUGCACCAGGCUACGAAAAUGUCACAAAUUCAUCAAAAUCAUUUGAUGUUCCAGAAGAUUAUCCAAAUGAUAGGAAGGAUACUGAUACAAUUCAAGACGAUGACAAUAAAAAUGAACAAAAUGAGGACAAAGAUGAACCGAAUCCGGAUUAUGAAGUAAAGGCCGUACGUUUCUCGACGCAAGUGUUGGACACAGAUGAAAAUAAAUUUGAACCUCUGAAAGAAAAGGAUACUACUGAUGCUAAGAAAGAUGAAGAGUCGGGUGAAGACAUUGAUGAUGGAGAGGAGGAAGAUGAUGAUGAAGAAGAUGAUGACUCUAGAGAAAACCUUGAUCAAGGGAAAGAUGAUGACUUUGGGGACGGUAUUGAAAUUGAACGCCCCGAUGAGGAAAUUCUGUCUCCAAACGAAACUCUUCCUGACGAUAAUGAAGCAGAAGAGGAUAAUACUCCUCGCUUUGCUUUUGAUACCAAACUGUGAUAUGUGAAUGUUGAGAGUAUACAUAAUCAAUGCUGAUGACUUCAUUUUUGAAGGGUUACAAAUCAAAAUCUUUUUGCAAUAUUUUUAAUAUAAAUUUUAAAAAAAACAUUACAAAGCAAACAAAUAUAGAAAUGGUAUUGUUCUUUAAUCCUCCUCUUAAAACCAACUGUGUACUGUAAAAUGUGCUUUGUUUUAGAGACAUUGUUUCAGAAGAAUUCACCUUACCUUCUGCUGAAAAAGAAAAAAAAUGUAUUUGAUAAAACAAUAUCAUUUUUCACAUUUUGCCCAAUGGUCAGUUACAAAUAAUCAAUAAUCACCGAUUCAAGAACAUUUCGUUUAAAUAAGCAUUGAGUUUGUAGAGGGAAACUUAUCUUAUUAUAUGAUGUGUUAAUAUACUUUAACGAAGUGCUAUGCAUAUUCUUGCCUUUGUAUGUAAACUUUUUAGAAGUAAUUUUGUGCGUGUGUUUUAUUAUUUUUUUUUGUGUGUCAAACACGUUUGAGUACAUCAUGCCGCCAUAUACUUCAUUCAGUUACCGUGGUAUCAUUGUAGUAAGCAGAAAGUAUAAUUAUCGAAUAUCAAAAUAUUCGAAGUAUAUUAUAAAUAUGAUUAUAAAUUACAUAAUUUUUGUAAGAAAGAAUAAGGUUUUGAGCUGAAUUUACAUACUUUUUAUACUUUGGAAACUUAAUUUAUACUGUUAUGUAAUUGAUGAUGUACCCCAUAAAAUUUGUUUUUAUUAAUAAUG